AGUAACAUUAAUUAACAGACCAUCUCAUUUCUCUCUCUUUUCUCUCUCUCUCUCUCUCUCUCACAAAGACUUUUUGUAGUAGUAGCAGAAAUUUCAAAACUCUCAAUUUCUUCGUUAUCUUCUUUCAGAUCUGAGAAACCGAUCUCUAGUGUUUCUAUUCGCUUCGAUUCGGAGCUCCAAUAGCUUAAACCAAAAAAUGGCGAAGCCGAGGUACUCGCGGCUACCAGGUCGGAAACCGCCGUCGCCGUCGUCGUCGUCGACAAUGAUGUUGACCAUGCUCAUCAUGUGCACCUUCGUCAUUCUCAUUCUCCUUGCCCUAGGGAUCCUCUCGAUUCCAAGCGCUUCCGAUUCGCCUAAGGCCAACGAUCUCAGCUCCAUUGUACACAACACCGUCCACGAUGUUGUAGAGGAAGGGAGACCAGAGCAGUGGGUUGAAGUGAUCUCUUGGGAGCCUAGAGCUUUUGUUUACCACAAUUUCUUGACCCAGGAGGAAUGUGAAUAUCUAAUCAGUCUUGCGAAGCCUAACAUGCAAAAGUCAACAGUUGUGGAUAGUGCAACUGGAAAGAGUAGAGAUAGCAGGGUUCGUACAAGCUCUGGAACAUUUCUGGCAAGAGGACGUGAUAAGAUUAUUAGGAACAUUGAGAAAAAGAUUGCUGAUUUCACCUUUUUACCUAUGGAUCACGGGGAAGGGGUUCAAGUGCUCCACUACGAAGUUGGACAAAAAUAUGAGCCUCACUUUGACUACUUCCUUGAUGAGUUCAACACUAAAAAUGGGGGUCAGCGUAUGGCUACAGUUCUUAUGUAUCUCUCAGACGUUGAAGAAGGGGGUGAGACAGUGUUUCCUUCGGCCAAGGGGAAUAUUAGCGCGGUGCCUUGGUGGAACGAGCUAUCUGAUUGUGGAAAAGAAGGACUUUCUGUUAAACCAAAGAUGGGUGAUGCUUUGCUUUUCUGGAGCAUGAAGCCUGAUGCUAGUCUAGAUCCAUCAAGUUUGCACGGUGGUUGCCCUGUGAUCAAGGGGAACAAGUGGUCAGCUACAAAAUGGGUGCGUGUAAAUGAGUACAAGAUUUGAGCUACUGUGUUAAAGGUUUAAAUGAGUUCUCAUCUCAUUGUUGUACUUUUAUCUCUCGGUCAGAGCUCCAGCGCUAUUGGGCUUAAAAGUCUCGUAUGUAACCUUGUAUACCAGCUCGAUGCCUUCAUGCUAUAAAUUUGCCAUAAUUUUGAUGUAGUUCCACCUUUUGCUAACUUGCAUUUUUUUGCUUGUGAGCCCUUUAGAUUCUUAUGACCACCGAUAUAAUAAAAAAUUAAAAUGUUUAUGGGUGUUUAAAUCAUCAAUAGGUUUAGAACAUUUGUUGAUAAGAAACGUGCCCUUUGUGAAACAGAAUAUUACAAUCAAUGAAAGAUAAUGUGCUUUCUUUUAUA